CCCGGCUGUCAGCAGCAUGUACUGUACAGUGGGGCAGCUGGGCUUUAUUUUGCUUCCCAGACUGGAAACCACUGUAGUGCAGUUGGACUUGACGUCUAGCAACACAACAUCACAGACUUUAAACAGGCAGACACGGCGACUUAGCACGUUAGCGACUGCAUUUACAGGACAGUUCAAGAUAGACAGGGACAUGCAGAAAAGGGCCACAGGUUGGACUCGAACCGAUGGCCGCAGCAGCAAGGACUCAGCCUUGGUACAUGGGGCGCCAGCUCUACCAGCUGCGGUGCCAGUGUGAGAGCGCCUCGUGCUGAGCUCGGGACUGCAGCAACAGGACAAAAGACAUAAGAGAGAGAGGAGAGGACAGGAGGCAAAAAAACAACAACAAAAAAAGCACAGGAACAAGCCAGCAAAAGAGCUUGGAAAAUCGGAGGAGACAGCAUGUUGAUUAGAGCUGAGUUUAAGAGACAAACCUGACUGCGGAGGAGAGGCAGACAGAUAUAUAGAUUCUUAGCUCACAGGCAGAAAAGAGGCUGAGACGCUCACCUGCAGCCAGGCAGGUUGAAAACUUGAGAGACAGCCAAUAGUUCAGGGUACUGGCCAUGGCUGCAGGCCUGCUGCUGGGAGGAUAGUGCACUGCAACUUCCUAAACCUUCAUCCAUCCUCCUCCACCCAACCCCAGAUCAUUGUCUCAACCCCUAUAAAGUCCCCCUCCAUCUUUUUGUGCUCCUCUCCCUCUUAGCUAUCACUAUAUUCCCCAAGCCCUGUGCACUCAGCAGUAGCAACACUGUCAGAAGACAGUUAAACCACCACACAGACUAGUUAACCAGUCAGCUCCGUACUUAGAGCACUAGAGUGACUGUGCGACAGUCGCCCGCUGCAGAGUUUGACAGACAGCGGCCUUUCAUUCCCGCACAUGGACUGUUGAUGAAGAAAGAUGGCAGUGAGACCGGCAGGCGCCGCCCCUUCCUCUCGGCCACCCUCCCUCCCCCCAGUGGCCGUGGCUCGGACCGGUUAAGGUUUGUCUAUUGGCAUCCAUCGCAGCAUCGGCAGCAGCUGGCAGAGCGCGGGAAGGAGCAGUAUGCAGGAAACUGACUUACCGGCCACAAAUGCCUUUAAAGAGUGCAAGUUCCACUGCACCAAUGGGAAUUGUUUGCGUCUGGGCUCGCUGAUCUGCAACCAGCUGAAUAACUGUGGGGACAACAGCGAUGAGGAGAACUGCCCCGUGGUCACCCAGCACCCUCCGCCGGGCAUCUUCAACUCUGAACUGGAGUUUGUUCAGAUCGUCAUCAUCAUCGUGGUGAUGACAGUGAUGGUGGUGGUGAUCAUCUGCCUGCUCAACCACUACAAGCUCUCCACCUGGUCCUUCAUAACAAGGCAGAGCCAGGCCCGCAGACACGACCAUGCCCUGCAGCAGGAUGGGUGUCUGUGGCCUUCAGACAGCGGCUCUCGACAAGGUGCCUCGGAGGUAUUAUACGCUCCCCAGGCCAGGGAUCGCUUCACCGCUCCCUCCUUCAUGCAGCGUGACCGCUUCAGCCGCUUCCAGCCCACCUACCCCUACCUGCAGCACCAGAUCGACCUGCCGCCCACCAUCUCGCUGUCGGACGGCGAGGAGCCCCCGCCGUACCAGGGGCCCUGCACCCUGCAGCUCCGUGACCCCGAGCAGCAGAUGGAGCUCAACCGCGAGUCGGUGAGGGCGCCGCCCAACCGGACCAUCUACGACAGUGACUUGAUCGACAUGGGAGGAGGCGGAAGCCUGGGAGGGGUCGGGGGAGGAGGGGGAGGAAUUGGAGGAGGCGGUCCGAGGCCGCCCAGCAGUAACUCGGGCAUCAGUGCGGCCAACUCCAGCAGCCACGGGCGCAUGGAGGGCCCCCCGCCAGCGUACAGUGAGGUGAUGGGUCACUACCCCGGCUCAGCGUUCUUUCUACACCAGCACAGCAAUAACCAGAGGGUGGGGGGGCCGGGGAGCAGGACGAUCCAGCAGCAGAGCCAAUCAGAAAGCACAAUAGUACCUGCCAAGGCCAAGGAUGGCCAACCGGAGGACCUGGUGUGAAGAAAAGGGUAGGGGGGCAGGUGGGACCACCCAGCCCAGACUGAAAACUGUCUCUCCUCUUCACCCAUUGAUCACUUUUAAGCAGUGGUCUCUCUAUCGCUAUCUCUCUCUCUCUCUGUCUCUCUCAUGUCCUCUCUCCACACUCCCAUGCACAAAUAAAUAUCAACCUUAGCUACAACAAAACAAGGAAAGAGAGGAACCAAGAGUUGAUUUGAUUUCACUUUCUUUCCGAUGUUAGUAAUUCAAACAGCUAGCACUGCUGGGGCGAGACGUAUGCACUGCGUGGAGAGCUUUUUUUCCUCUACAUGAGAAAGAAACAUACUGCUAGCACAGAUUGAAACGAUUUGCUUCUUUUGUCCCAUCGGGCGACGGCUCUGUCCCCGGGAACUGAGGAUGAUGGGUUUUUUUUUCUUUUUCCUUUUUUCGUUUCUUUUUCGGACCGGGAUCUGUGCACAAAGCGAGAACUGAGAAUCAAGGACUUACAGAGAACACAACAAAACAAGAGACUCACAAAUCCAAAAUCUUAGUGCCAAGGUUCACGAGGAAGCAAAGGGGGGAAAAAAUGACUAACACAUGACAAAACACAAAAAAGAAAAGUUAUCUAAAAGUUGCACUAUCUUUUUGUUGUAAAAGAGAAGAGGGAAAUUGUGCUAUGUGAUGAUAAUGAUGAUGAUGUGUUUGUUUUUCUUUUCUUUUUUUUUUUUUUUUGUCCUUUUCAUGAAUGGACUGACUGACUGAACUUUGGCUCCAAAGUUGUUUAAACAGUUGGGAGCAAAAAAAACAACAAGUAUUAUAAGCUUAUGUCCUUCCUUUUUUGAAAAUAGCAAGAAAUACUCGUACCCAGCCUACAACAUCUCUGUCUGCUUACACCACAGGCACUACGUGAGUCUUAGUAAGAGAAUGACCUUGCUCACGUCUGUGUACACUUCAGCCUAGUGGGGAAGAGAUCUGCCUCGCGAACAGCCGCUGGGUGGACCAAACGUUUCUUACUUUGACCAUUUGUUACAACAUUUGAAGAUGGCGACCAGAGUCGUUGCUAAACUCUUAGAAAGAUGAGAGCUGUUUGGCAAGAUCCAACAUGCUCCGUGCUAACAAUUCUUGGAAAUCUGGCCAGCUGGUUGGAUAUCAAGCCAACCAAGAAUAACACAACUCCAUAACAACAACAAAAACAUAUCUGCCAGUCCACCCAGCAGCCUGGUCGCAGCAACAGAUUCUUCAUUUUUCAACUCUGUCCCGACCUCUGAGCACCUGACACUUCCUCUUUCCUGUUUCCUGCAUUCAUACCCCUCCUCCGCCCCCUCUCCUCUCCUCUCACCGCUCAUCUCGACAUGCACAGUGCGUUCUGCCAACAGCCACACUGAACACGAACCCCGCCGCCAUGACAACGAAAACACAAAACAAAAACAAAAAGAAGGCUCGGCUCUCCGUCUUCACAUCUCUAAAGCCACAAAAAAAAAAAAAAAAGACGACACAAAGUGAAGAUUCCUGUCUGCAUCCGCCAGCACAGCGAUCAGGUUUUAAACGAAAACUGUCUGUGGUCGAAGUCAAAGGGCUAUGGGAGGGUCCUUUUUUGUAAAAGAAAACCUUUUUGAAAAUCGAGCCUUUUUCUCUGCUCAUCGUUGCCUUCUCCUCUGCUCUUGCGCUUUCUCUGUCUCUCUAUCUUGUUUGCGUUCAACGCCAGUGCUGCCCCCCCGACCCCCCCACCCCCAAAUCCCAGCUUUUUAACAGUGUCUCUGGUAAACACUGUUCAUCAUCCCUCCUUCCAUCCAUGUGCAGAAAAAACUGCGUUCAAAUGAUGCAGAGUCCGCCAAGCCCUUUAAAGUGGAGACUGGAGUGGAGCCCUUGUUUGGCAGUGUGCUAGUGCAGUCCUCUCCUCCCUGUGUAUGUGUGUGAGUGUGUUAGUGUGUGUGAGAGAGAGAGAGAGAGAGAGAGAGUGUGUUUGUUGGCUAGACCUUUUAACAACACAGAAAAGCACUUAAUGCUCCUUCAGGAGCAUUGUGUAUGUGCGUGCGUGUGUGUUUGUCUGUGUUUAUCUGAGUGAUUUAUGAGCCGACUGCUUCGUCUGAGUUUAUAGAUUCAAGGACAUAUUACUUAUUUGGCAUUGCCCAUAUUAACACAUCAUUAAUUAAGCUUUCAUUAAAGGUAGUUCUGGUGGCGCAGGAGCGACCUCACUGUAAAAGCUCAAAGAGAGUGCACGCCACAGUCUACCACACAGGUUCCAUUAAUGCUGCACAAGGGAAACGCCACCUUUCUUGGUAAUGGUGAUACAGCAGAGCCACACACUGUGUCCCAGUUUCAUUGCUGCAAAAUACGAAAAUAAAUAGUGGAUGGUGGUGAGACGACUCAAGGAAGAUCUGAGGAAAUAAUACAGAAACUAAAUCCUUGGGACACAAUUUAGCUUUCUCUUUGAGGAGCCUCAUGCUUGUGUUAUUCUAUAUAUAUUUUCUGAGUACUGUCAGGACUUCCCUACCUUGUCACAAUUAUGCGUUUGUCCACUUACUUGUUUUUAUAGGCUCAAAUUGUCCUAAUUGAGCUAAAUUGCUGGACAACUGAGAAAACUCCACCUGCUGAGGAAGACUAGGUGGUGCUAGGUGGUGUAAAGCUCUGGAACAUGGUAGUGAGUGGUCUUUAGUGAGAAUCUACUGCUGCAGCCAGUGUAUGGAGUCAAAAUAAACUACAGUGUGUUCAUGGUAAUAAGUAAGAACAUGUCACCCAGUGCAAGUGUGUUGCUUAUUGACAUACACACCCACAGUACAGUACAUAUUAGUAGCAACAGUUCAUUGUAGGUUGGGGUCUUUUUGGGGGAUUUUAUGACAAUAAAAUAUUGAGUAUCGCCAGACUUCCCUUUAAAUUGGCACUGGCACUAAAAGUCGCAGUUUUAUUGGCAUUUAGUGCACAUUUUUUAUUACUUCCCAGUACAAAACAGAAAAAGUGAGAAAGGAACAUUGAUUUCUUGUGUAUUUAUUGCAAACACAGUAUGCUAUGACAAUAAGAAAUCCGUUUAUACUACUAUAUAUAUAUAUAUAUAUACAUAUAUGGAAUUGUGACACAGGCACCUUUUUAUGCUCUAAUUAAAUAAUGUGGUUCACCAUUUCUUAGGACUUAAGUCCUUCACACUUUGAAACAACCUGCUGGCACUAGUUGCAACCAGAGUGUGAGGUUUCCUAAUGCAGCAUUAAUGAGUAUUUGAAGGUAUCGUGUAAUGCUAAUGCAGCAGAGAGGCCUUACGCUGAGCUGUAUUCAAGUUGAACCAUCAAACUGGGAACGUAGAAUUGUUCCUGUAGGUAAGAAUGGACUAAGUGGAUCGUUCCCCACCUUGUGCACUUAGAGCUCAUGAAUGAGUUUACACCACUCAGAUGUCACCAUGGUGGAGAGAAUAAAGGUUUCUGGUCAGUUUGAAAGAAAGCUUUCUGAUUCCAUCAGUGUGUCUGAAUGAAUGCAUGUUUCUGGUGUCCAUCUGGCUCUACAGUUGUGUGUGUUUGUGUGUGUGUGUGUGUGUGUGUGUGUGUUACUACAUCGCUGCUGCUAUUGCUGUUGCUGCUGCUACUGCUACUGCUACUAUUGUUGCUACUGCUGCUUCUCAUGCCCCCGCCCCUCCCUCUCCCCCAGUCCCCUGUCCUUCUGUCCAUCCUGUCCCCCUCAACUCAUGCAAAACUAGAAGGAGAGAAAUUUGACCCUCUGCAGUCAAAAGCACAAGUAUUGAGACAAAACGUGGUCUUGUUUCCCACAGGACCCACAUUCAAACAUGUUCAUUUUGUUACACAGAAACCUGGGUUGAGUCAGUGGUGAGAGGAUUGUCCUAACACUUCUGCCUUUGACUGUACGGACCUGCUUCAAACCCACGUUUCUUUCCUCUUUUUCUUCCUUCUUUCUGUUGUUUUCUCGCCUUGUUCUGUCUGCGCAGUCAUAGCUUGUAAAUUGAGGAUAUAAAGAUGAAUUUUAUGUUUUCUACAAGGAGGUUUGCAUGUUACUAUUAUGUGAGUAAAUAAGGUGCCUAAUGUUCAUGUUUGAGCAGACCACACCUCAGUCAAACUGCUGCUUGGAAUCCUCACAGGCGCUUUAUCUCGGACUUGACCACCUGUCUGGCAGAAUGGAGAGUAUGUGAGAAAAGGUUAGCUAUAGGUUUGCCAAAACAUUUCUUUUUGUUACGUUGUGGGCUGAUGAUACAGUAGGUCUGGGUUUCUCAUUCAGCUCUUGAGCUCCUGACUGAAUCUGAUCCUGCAGUGAAGUGGACAAGAACCACAUUGAAUUCAAGGUCUACAUGAAACUAUAUGAUUGGUUGACCACAGGGCCAAAAGUGUAGCAAAACACCGGCCGUCUCCCCAAACUGCAGCUCAACCUUGACUACUUAUAGCUCAGAGUUCAGGUGUUUGCGUGGCAUGCUUGCCAGCCUGCUCGCUUCCAUUACGCCAGACAGGAGCGGCCACUCCUGCCGAGGCAACUGAAGCCAUUUCAACCAGUAAUUUGACCAGCGUGUGGAGCAGACAUAGGAACCCACUUGCACUCAAAAAGCUCCCACCUUCGUUGUGCCUCACUUCCAACGGUGCUUUUUUCAGUAGUCUGUCUUUCUUUAUGUUUGUUUGUAAGGUGCUGUAUAUAACUUGAAUAUAUUAUGCACAUAUCCUACCCAAUGGGUAGAAACCACAAAAAAAUGUUGUGAAUAAUGUAAUAUAAUGUAUAGACAAUAUAAGAAUUUUAAGAAGGCAGCAUCAAAUUUGUAAAUGCCUACAGUUAAAAACGUGCUUUGUCUUUUUUUUAUGAGAAAACAUGGUUUGAAAAGUAUGCUUAGAAUAUGGUUGCAACACAAAUACAAAUUACUACUUAUAAUAUUUUGCUAUAAAUAAUAGUCUGUUAUGAUAAGGAUGAGAUAACCUCUGGAUUAAGGAAGUUGUUGAGAAAGGAUAUUAUUCACUUGUUUAUUGGAUCAUCUAAAAACAAGCUUUCACAGUUCUUGCCAUCAUUUGGGUACCGGCUGGUGGUUUUUUGUUUUCACCACAAUGGACUAACAAAUGUACAGUUCUAUCACACAGAUCUUUUAAGAAAACGUAAAUCGCACACAUCAGUUGGUGUUUAUGCCACGACUUCAGCCGAGCACCCCGGUUGAAUCUCAACCCGCUUUGUAAAUUGUCGAACAAAAAGCCGAAGCUGUCUAUAGUUUGGGAGACGCGUCACAUGACCACUGCACACGAGAGCCGUCAGCACUUCCGAAUAUGGGAGAAUAUGUGUCUGUACUCAUAGAUCUUAAUAUUUUAGUUCAGUUCCGCUGUAAUUUUGUAUAUCUGCCAAAGCAUAAAUCUGUCGAGCACACUCAGCACUGCUAUAGAUGUGGCUGGAUGUCAGGCUCUGGUUAAAGCAUUUCAGCUCUGUUCCAGGAGGAUCACGUUAAUGUUGAACAGUGUGAAACAUUAAAGGAAAAAUUCCCUCUUUUGGUCAAGAUUGGAAAGUUGCACCAGCGUGAAACAAGUGGGGGGAAAAUGCCGUUAAAACUGUCAUUUAACUUUUCUCUCUUUAUUAUUAUAAUUUUUUAUUUUAUUUUCUACAUUACAAUGUUAUAUGUGGCACAGUAUAUUGAAACAAAAGUCAUGUUUAAUCUGCAGUCAUUUAUUUACAGUAUGUACUGAAAAUAACUCCACUGUACAAUAACCGCAGAGCAUGUUCAUUCUUAUCUAUAGACAAUGUACAUAGCAACGCGCCAUUUUCUCUUCAAAGCACCAAAUAAGUGGCAGUUGUGUAGUUUUAAUUUGGAAAAGUCUCUAUUGUAACUUUGGCUGGAGCGUCGCUCGGCUCUCCUUCUUCUUAAUAGACCUUUUUUUCUGUUUCCUGCACUAGCUUGAAGAACUAACUUGGGCUCAGACUGAUUUUUAUUUUAUUUCUGCCCCCGCAGCGCGCUCCCUCUUUCCACUUAUCAGAAGUCUGUACUCAACUGCUGACAACAAGUAGCUGUUUUUAUCGUUCCAGAUUUUAAUAAUAAUGAUGAUAAUAAUAACAAUGAUAACGUCUCAACAGUUUGGUAUUCUCUCUGUCUUGACAGUUACCAUAGGACUGCUUCCAUCAUGGGUUUUGUAACAUCGGUUUGCUUUAUUUACAAAAUGAAUCCUUCUCGUUCCCCCUCUCCCCCCUCUGUGCUGAAAUCUAGAUAUAUAUAUGACUGUGUUCAGUAACCAUACAGUAUAUAUAUAUCCAAACGCAGAGGUAAAAUUGUUGUGUAUUUUUGCCUCUUUUUAUUUAAGCAAUUGUGAUGUAAUAGGUUUUAGGCCUAAGGUCUGUUAUUGCAAUACUUUUACAGAAAAGAAGAAAAAAAUCAAAAAAUGUUGCUCUAAGUGCUGUUGUAGUCAAAGAUUUUAUGCUUGUACUUAUGCUGUAGUCAAACUGCAGCGUAAUGAAUAAAACUUUAAAAGUGA